CAACCUCGAGAUCACCAUCGAGGGUCCUCCUGGAGGCUUCGUAGAAUUCUGAUGUCUGGUUCCCAACAGCUUCGCCCCGUCUAGAUUCUCCCUAGCCACUUCUGGCGCCGCAAGUUCCAUUGAGGACAAAGAGCAGUUGAUUUCCUAAAUGCCACCGGCUUAGCUAGUCAGCACAGCUGGAGAAAGAGUUGCAGUAUAUCUUCCUGUUACUCAGUACCCAGUGACGGCGGGGAAGACAGAAGCGGACUGUGCCACAAUGAAUCCCAAACACUGUGCAGAGCUAAAUGAUGGCCACCACAUUCCUGUUCUUGGCUUUGGAACCUUUGCCCCCGAAGAGGUUCCUAAGAGUAUGGCUACCGAGGCCACCAAAAUAGCUAUAGAUGCUGGAUUCCGCCACAUUGAUGCAGCUUAUUUGUACCAAAAUGAGGAAGAAGUAGGGCUGGCCAUCCGAAGCAAGAUUGCCGAUGGCACUGUGAAGAGAGAAGAUAUAUUCUACACUUCAAAGCUUCCUUCCACAUGUCAUAGGCCAGAACUGGUCCGGCCUUGUUUGGAAAAGUCACUGAAAAAGCUUCAGUUGGAUUAUGUUGACCUCUAUCUUAUUCAUUUCCCAGUGUCAAUGAAGCCAGGAAAUGAUUUUAAUCCAAUAGAUGAAAAUGGGAAGUUAUUAUUUGACACAGUGGAUCUCCGUGACACAUGGGAGGCCAUGGAGAAGUGUAAGGAUGCAGGGUUGGCCAGGUCCAUCGGGGUGUCCAACUUUAACCGCAGGCAGCUGGAGAUGAUCCUGAACAAGCCAGGGCUCAAGUACAAGCCUGUGUGCAACCAGGUAGAAUGCCAUCCUUAUCUCAACCAGAGCAAGCUCCUGAAUUACUGCAAGUCAAAAGACAUUGUUCUAGUUGCCUAUGGUGCUCUAGGUACCCAAUGAUAUAAGAACUGGAUGGAUGAGAAUGCCCCAUAUCUCUUGGAAGAUCCAGUUCUUUGUGCUAUGGCCGAAAAGCACAAACAAACUCCAGCCCUAAUUUCCCUCCGGUAUCUGCUGCAGCGUGGGAUUGUGAUUGUCGCCAAGAGUUUCAAUGAGAAGCGGAUCAAGGAGAAUAUGAAGGUUUUUGAGUUCCAGUUGCCAGCAGAAGACAUGGCAGUUAUAGAUGGCCUGAACAAAAAUUACCGAUAUGUUACUGCUGAUGUUACUGCUGUCCACCCUAAUUAUCCGUAUUCAGAUGAAUAUUAACAUAGAAGUCUUUGCCAUGACAUCACCUUGACAGUAGCUGUGUGGGAGAUGCCAUAGAUUCUGAUCGGAUAUCACCUCUGGUCAAUGUUGUGUGUCAACCUAUACUCAACCGGAUUGAGAGAGAUGGGCAUGGUGUUUUUUGUAAUACCCUGAGGACAAUGAGGUUUGCUUCUAUGAGGUGCAUGCAAAGCACCACUAUUGUCUUUUAUUUCUAUGAUUUCUUUCCAUCUGACUCACUAAGACCUGAGCUCAAGGAAACUAGAAUUUGAGCAUUCACAGGGAAAGGUGUGGACAACCAGCUUAGAACGAUUAGCAGUUGGGUACAUGGAAUUGAGGUGAAGGGAACUGAACAAUUCUGUCUGAGAUAUAUGGGUAUUUUGAUAGGUUUAUUACAGAUAAAGAAAGCUUUCCUCCCAAGAGCCAGAGUUGUAGGAUAAACCUAAUGUCUUUCUGCAAAUGGAAUAGUACCAGCCCUGCUGGGAACUGAUUGAGAGGCUGAAAAUCAAAUUAACUGAUUGGUAAAAACUGCUGAAUACUUGUUCUGGGUCCAACUUCCUUAGUUGUAAAAAUAAACUUGAAUUUGACAAGUAUUGUCUUUUCAAAUGCUUUAUUUUUUGUGUGUUUAUAAUGUAUGUGAUUGUAGGGACAUGUAUGCAACAGUGCCUUGGGUCCUCUCCUUCCACCUCAUGUCCUGGUAAUUGAACUCUGGCUGUCAGGUUUGCAUGACAAACUCUUUCCCCAGUUGAGCCAUCUUGCCAGCUCUCUUUCAAGUAUCUUACAAAUGAAACAGGAAUAUUACACAUCUAAAACACAAACUAAUCUCAAAGCCAUUAAACAUUAGUGAGAUAUUAAUAUUUAAGUGGUAAAUAAUACAUUUGAGACAAAUUCUCCAAGCUUAAAACAAGCCCUUUGAAAACAGGCAUAGGACAUGCAGGACACUUUGAAAAGCCGCUCGCCUUUUGCAGUCUUUUUUACCAAAAUGCACAACCAUUUUGAACAAAUUUAGGAAUGUAAAGUUAAGGAGUCAGUUUUCAGGCUCUAAAUCUUCAUUUCAGAUGACCUUUUCCCAAAGAUGGAGAUAGUGUCAUGAGUACUGGUCAAGGACUUACAGGUGUUAGGGACAUGGGUACUUUUAACAUGAAGCUUCCAGCUGUCCCUCUUGUGACUAGUUUUGUCACAUCCCAGAGGCUUUCUGAAGCCACAGCCAUCAGCAGACACAUAACUACCCAAGAUGCGCAUCCCACAUUACAUCCACUUCUCUAAAGAGAAUCCUUCCUUAAAUUAGAGGAGGCCUAACUUUCACUUGUCCUAGAAGAAUUCUUGGAUUACCUUUCAAAUUCACUUACUCCCCUAGUGACCCUAGAUGUAUUCAUGGGUUUAAAUGCUGUUUAUAGACCGAGAAACCCCAAAUCAGUAUGUAUAGCCCAGCUUUCCCUUAAACGCUCUAGAUGGGAAGCCAGAUAUUACGCUCCACAGCUGUGUUUCCAUCCAAGGGAUAUUUGAAACUUAGUGUUUGUCAAACCAAGCUCCCUUGUAUCUUCUCCUCUCUGCUGAUUUUUUCCAGUCAUGGUAUUUGUAGACUAUAUUUUGCCAUUCAUAAAGCUUGUAAUUUUUGAGUUUUUACUUCCAUUUUCUCAUAUCUCAUGUAUAAACUCUGAGAAAAUCUUGUUAUGCUCACUUUCAAAAUGUGUUCAAAACCUAUAUUUAGGUUUUAAGGCAGAGUCUUUGAGGCUAUUGUACUCUAUCAUUUUGGGGCAAUAUAUUAAGCAUCCAAAAAUUUCUUAGAGGAAAAUCAAGAAGUAUUAUUUAGUAUUCUGAUUGUGUAACUAUUCCUAGAGAGAAUAUCCCAUUUAUCCAGAAUGGAAAGGGGAAUAAUAGAAGGAAGAAUUCUGUCUAAGUUUGUGGUGGUUUGAAAGAAAUUGGUCCCCAAAGGGAGUGGCACUAUUAAGAGGUGUGGCUUUGUUGUAGUAGGUGUGGCCUUGUUGGAGAAGUGUGUGGGUGGGCUUUGAGGUCUCCUUCAUUCAGUGUGCCACUCAGUUCACUUGCUGUUGGCUUUGGAUCAAAAUGUAGAAUUUUCCAGCACCAUGUCUACCAGAAUGCCACCAUACUCCCAACCACCACGCUCCCCACCAUGCUGAUAAUGGACUAAACCUCUGAAACUGUUAUCCAACACCUCAAUUAAAUGUUUUCCUUUUUAAGA